CUUCCGAUAAAGAAAUAAUAGACUUCAUGGAUUUUAUCUCACAAUAUGUGCCAGGGCACUCUAAAGAUUCUUAUGAGGAUGUAGUAAAAGCAUUUCAAGAAAAUGCUGUGGACGCCAAGAUUUUUCAAUAUUACCGACGAUAUAAGAAUGAAAAUUCUGAAGCUUCCAAUAAUGUCAUGGAUUUUAUCUCACAAUAUGUGCCAGAGCACCCUAAAGGUUCUUAUGAGGACGUAGUAAAAGCAUUUCAAGCAUUUCAAGGAUCAAACAAACCACCGUUAUAUCGUUCUAGAAGUAAAGAAGAUUUAGAAAUCGUCCAGAAAGCUUUUAAUAGAACUUUCCAAGAUCCAA